GUAAAAAGUUUGGGAGAGGACCAAAAGUGUAUCAUUUUUCGAAGAAUAUGGACUAUUUUGGGUUUUUCUAACAAAAGCAUUUAGGGAAAUUAUGUAGAAGUUAUAUAAAAUUGCGAGUUUUUUAAACCGAAAAACAUUUCGCCUUUCCCGCACAAAAAAUUCACUCACUGAGUGUAGUACAGCAAGCAGAGCGAGCCCUAAUCUGCAAUAAAUUUCCGAUUAAUUCAAAAUUUUGAAAUGUCUUCCCCGGCAGCGCCGACGACCGUCGCCGCCGGUGUCACCAGCGAGGACCGCCAUCAGAACCACAACAAUACGGAGAACUCGGAGGGCGGCACCACCAUGGCGAUGCAGAAGAAGCGAGCACGAAGAGUGAGCUUUGCUGAGAUGACUUCUGUACACUUCUUCGACCGUGAUGAAGAGUACGAAACCCCUCCGGAUCCCUCAGGCAAAGCUGAAAGUAACAGUGAACGUGAAGAGAUAAUAAACCUAGGUUUUGAUCAAUUGGUCGACGAUUCCAAAGAGUCCGAGGACGGAGAUGAAGGAAAUGACGAGGAUGAGGAUGAGGAUGAGGAUGAUGAGAUGGCUUUGCCUAGGUCGUUUUUAAGACCUGCAGAAUCACUUUCUCCUGGCAGUAAUUUUGGUUCUGCUACUUCAAAUGAUGAUGAAGAUAAUUUUUUCGGCCCAGUAUCUCCCAAUUUUAUAAGGCCAGGCCGGCUAUCAGAUUCAGCAGUGUCAGACGAAAAUCAUGAUAUUACUAUGGAUUCAACAGCUUUCUCCAUGCACUUCCGCAGAUUUGUUAGGUCAGAUUCAGGGAUAGAUUUGAAGACCCCAACAGAAGUAUCAUUUGAUGAGAAAACACCGACACAGACCUGUCUAGGUAAUUCCAUGGAACUCACUAUGUCCAAGAAGCUAAUUUCUCAAUCUUCUAUGCCUGUUGCCAAUUUUAGUGGCAUUAGUGAUUCGAGUGACAUGAGUCUGAUUGGAGAAAACUCGAGAAGAUAUGAUUAUGGGAGACUCCCUCCUGAUUUAGAAGCUCUUUUAGCAGAAGGCCAAGAAAAACAUGCAGAUUCUGUUUCAGGAGAUACUAGUGUUUUAGAGUCACCAGCAAGCAAGAAAAUGGAGGUUGGAAGUGCAAUGAUGGAUUUAGGUGGAAAUGGAGAACAAGAAGCAAAUGCAAUUGUUAGUCUUAAUAUGCCACUUGUACCUUUGUGCCAGAAAAUCGACGACACAGAUGAUGGUAAUAAGUUUCGUUCUCGUGCAAUUGAUGCUGAUGCGUUGCCCAUAUCCACUGUUCCAGCUCCGGAUAAUUAUGUUCAUAGAGUAAAUCAGUCGCCGAAGGAGCUAAGUAAAUUUCAAUUGCAGGAUGUUGGUGAAAAUAAUAAGUCUGUCAAGGAUGCUUCUGAGGUGGGAAUUAGUGAAGCCCUAUGUAGUAAUGAUGGUGAGCUUGGUCAAUUUUGUGGGUCCCCGCGUGGCAGGGAAUCUCCGUUGGUUGAUUUAGUGUCCUCUUCACCAGCUACGCAAAGAAUAAUAGUUAUUGGUAGUCCUUCACCUGUCAAACAGAAUUCAAUGGCAGUGUCUUUCCUUGAAGAUCCCAUUUCCUUUUUGAGCAAUGAAAAGAGAGGACCUUGGACAAGUUCAGCGUCCCUCCAGAAGAACAUUUCCAAACUUGAGAGACUUAAGGCUUCUGAACUAUCUUCUCCCCUUGGUGACAGAAUCCCCAAUAUGGACAUCAGAUCCUUAGUGUUUCCAAGAACACCUCCUUUGGAUUCUAUAUUGAAGAAAAGGAACCUACAAAUGGGAGUCAAAUCUCUGGAUUCCUUUAUGACUUGUACAGAGGAGCAAUUUUCAGGUACUUCUAUGAAGGAAGGAAAAAAAAAAAUGUUCACCUCAGGUGGUAGUAGGAGUGAGACUCUUUUAACUAGCGACGAUGUAAUUCCAUGUGAACAAUCUCUGGGCCCUGAAAAGCAGGGGAAAUCUCUCAAUCGGCUAAAUACUGGUUUUCUCCCCGUGGAUCAAGUGUUGAAACCUACAGCCCCUUUGGCUUCAUCAAGGUUUUCUUGGUCGGGAAAGACAAAUGACACUUUUACACCAGAUGACCUCAGGCAGAAGAGAUCGCUGAUUUCUAGAACUGGUUUCCCAUUGGUUGAGUAUCUAGGGCAGGAGAAAGUGACUGCUAUUGCUCAAAAAUUGGUUUUUUCUCCAGAAAAGUCCUUGCAGUCAAAGUCAUCAACAUGGACUGAACAUCAGUCCAGCCCCUUUAAAGAAUCAAAGUUGCAUGAUGAACCCAUGAAGAGCUUAGGCCUAGUGAAAAAUGCAUCUUCAAUAGGUAAUUUGACAGAUGGACAUUCUUCGAAUGCAACGGAUGGCAAUUGGCAUUCUUCCUCCACAUCAACUGAAGAACAGUCUGGUUCACCAGUUGUCGAAGGCAGCAAAGUGUUAAGGCAACCAGACGGGACAUAUAGCAUAGAAGCUAAGCUCCUUGAUCAAAUGAAUGUACUGGAAAGCACUGAGGACUCAAAGAUCUCCAGGGAUGGGAGCUCUCAUCUAUCUUCAGCAAUAUUAGAUGGGAAUUUUCAGAGUGCAAAUGGUCUCCCUAGAUUUGAAAUUGAUCCUCAAGAGCUAAACAAGUCUCCUUUAGCUCGCACUGCUUCUUCCUCUAUUCAGAAUGUAGGCGCGUUGGUGGUUGAAAAGACUCCUGUACAAUGGUCUUCACGAAGUCCACCAGCAAAGGGGUUUCACUUGCUGGCACAAUCCAACACUACAUGUUCCUCUGUAGGUGAAGCUGUGCAAUCUCCCACAUGCAACCACUCAAUUGGCAGACCUAGAAACUCUUCUGCCCAUAAAAGAUGCAGUGAAGAGUUGACAUAUGGAGAUAUGGAACACACAAAUGAAAUUAUCAUGUCUCAAAGUAGCUCGAAACUCCAGAGAGGGGUUGGUAAUAGUCCAGGAAUCUCGGGACGUCCUGAUGAUAGCAGAAAAGAAAUGCUCAGAGCUCAUCUUGAACUCAGACAAUGGAAAGAUAUUAAAUCCAAACGUAUGGAGGGUGCAGAUGAGUGGAUAUCUUUGCCUAAAGAAAGACUUACCAUGCUUACUAUGCCAGCAAUUGAAAUGGUGGAAGACAUUGUCACCCGAAUGCAGAAGGCACAAACAUACGACAUUUUGCACCGUCAAAUUCUCACUCAGAAAACGUUAGUUACCAGUUUUCAGGAGAAAAGAACUUUAGAAGCAAUAAUGUUGUUAUGUCAGCUUGUACAUGAGAAAGCAAAGUAUCACUUGAGGUGUGCGAAGAAGAAGAAACUGCUGGAAAAAUGUCAACUGUUGAACUCUGGAAUUCAGAGGUCCCAAAUGUCAAAAAUCAAUCAUUCACUUCAUAUAACUGUCUCAGGAGUCACCCAGGAUGAUGCUAUUUCUAGUGAGAGCUCAUUAGCCUGUGAAAAGGCUCUGCAGGAGGAGCGUCAUAAUAAAGUGGCCACUAUCAAGGAGGGUUUGGAAGUUUCAGAAAGAAAAGUUGCAAAAUUGGCUAGAUCCUUGCGUUCUUCUUUUAAACUUGAGGGAGAACCAAGUUGUGCCACUACCAUCAUUUCUGUAAAAGAACAUCUAGUGAGGAGAUCGUGUUGUAGAUUCCUACGUCAAGAUAUGCAGAUGUGUGUCAUUCAGAAUGUGAGGAGGCCAUUUGUCAUCCUCAACUAUCUUGGUUUGCUGGUUCAAAGUUUGAAGUUGACUAUUGGUUCAAACUCAAGCAUAAUCAUCUCUAACGAUUUGAAUGAUCAACUAAUCACAAAGAAUUUUCCAAAUAUCAAUGCGUGUGCUGCAUUGCGAUUUGUUUUAAAGGCUGAGAUUUCAAAGAAACUUGGUGCUAGGACUCUGGCGCAAGAAAUGCAGGGAAUAGGUAACAAGUGA